CUCUUCUUUUGCUUUUCCCUCUUUUUGUUCUCCUUCUCCCUCUUCUUCUUCUUCUCCUUUGAUUCGACGCCUUACCCUUUCUUUUGCUUUCCUUACUAGCACUUCAUAGAGCUUGCGAUGACUGCGCGCAUUGUUGAAAAGGCGGGCGUUGCGGCUUCGGUGGCUUCGGCGGCUUCGGCGGAUGAUGCCGGCGUUCGCGCGCGCAAGACUGCUGCUGCUGUUGCUGCUGCUGCUGCCCCUGCCUCGUCAGAACGGGCGUGCAAGGACAGCACGGUCGGCUCGAGCGAGUCGGACGACAUGAGCCACCGCUUGAAACGUUUCCAGCACAACGCACCCACGGCCAACCCGAGCCCAGCCGACCUCACCGACGGCUACGGCGCGGCCCUCCACAAGACCGACUUCCACUGGGUUGGCACUGACGAGCCGCAUGCCUCACGCCGCAAGCUCAUCCUCGCCAAGUAUCCCCAUAUUCGCGACUUGUACGGCUACGACCACAAGACCGUGUGGAUCACCCUGGGAUUGGUCACCCUCCAACUCACCAUGGCCUACCUGCUCCGCAACUCGUCCGUCUGGUUUAUCCUGCCGUUCGCCUGGGCCAUCUCUGGCUCGUCCAACAGCUGCCUCAACAUGGUUGUUCAUGAGUGCGCCCAUGGCCUUGCGCUCAAGUACCGCCCGUACAACGCCGUGCUCGGCAUGAUUGCCAACAUUCCCACCUGCGUCCCGUCCUCAAUCACCUUCCGCCGCUACCACCUCGAUCACCACACCUCGCAAGGCGUGGAUGGCGUCGAUGUCGACCUGCCCACCGAUUUGGAGGGCAAGUACGUCCGUGGUCGCUUCCUCAAGGCGCUCUGGCUCUUCUUUGUGCCGCUCUUCUACACUCUUCGCCCCAUGUUUGUCAAGCCGCGCUCGCCCAUCCUUGCCGAGAACAUCAACCAGGCCUUUAUCAUCACCAUUGACGUGUUGAUUUACCACUUCUGGGGCUGGCGCUCGCUCUUCUACCUGUUUGGCGGUCUUUGGCUCGGCAGCAGCUAUCACCCGUCUGCAGCACACUUUAUUGCUGAGCAUUUCGAAUUUGCUGCUGGCGCCGAGACCUAUUCCUACUAUGGACCUCUGAACAACAUCAUGUUGAACGUCGGCUACCACAACGAGCACCACGACUUCCCCUACGUCCCGUGGACUCGCUUGCACAAGAUUCGCGAGGCUGCCCCAGAGUUUUACUCGGAUCUCCCACAGUGCCGCUCCUGGGUGCGAUGCAUCUGGGACUUUGUGUUUGACCCCAAGAUCACCCUGUACAGUCGUGUCAAGCGCGAAGCCCGUCAAAAACAGCUUUUGGCCGAGUUGGCAGCAAAGUAAAGCCUGGACACGACAGAAAACGUCCUUCUUGAAAAUAGGGCGUUGUCAAAUUCGUUGUGUGGUUUGUUUUUAUAAGUCUUUUUUAUGUGUUUGUUGUGUGCAUAGUUUGCUGCUCGUGCUCGGCUUUAUGAAACAAUAGAGAAUGAUACAGUUUGACAGC